AUGUCCGUCCAGAAGCUCAACAGCCACUCCGAGUUCCAGCAGCUCAUCGCGUCCGACAAGGUCACCGUGAUCGACUUCUGGGCGACGUGGUGCGGCCCGUGCAAGAUGAUCAGCCCCAUCUUCGAGCGCAUCGCCAGCACCGUCGGCGACAAGGUGCAGUUCGCCAAGGUCGACGUCGACGAGCAGGAGCAGAUCAGCCAGGAGUGCGGCAUCAAGGCCAUGCCCACCUUCAUCUUCUUCAAGAACGGCGAGAAGGUCGAGAGCGUCGUCGGCGCCGACCCGAGCAAGCUGCAGGUGAGUGCUGCGAGAGGAAGGAUGGCGGAGUCGCGGAUGAGUAGCAGGGGGCGACAGAGUCGCAUUGGCGGGGUGACACUCCAGCAGAGGUCUGUGCGCUUCAUACGCAUCGAGUCAUGCAUCAGCCGACCAGAAAGGAAGGGAGCCCACUGCCCGACGCACACUUUCUGCUUGUGUCUACUGCGGCGAGCAGUUGUGCGGCAUGCAGCGCUGCUGCUCCUCAUGCUUCGCCGCCUUCCAUUGCGUCUCCGCGUGCAAGCCUUAGCUGACACACUACCGAUCUCUUCUUCUCAGGCUGCCAUCAGCAAGUACUCCUCGUAA